AUGUCUUCACAUCUCUUCACUGACAACACAAUCAAUCUCACUCCUUAUACAAUUCUCAUUCUCACCGCUAUCUCCUCGAUUCUCUGGUACCGCUUCAAACGCGGACCGCAACCGCCUCUGCCGCCUGGACCGCGAGGGGUACCUAUUGUUGGAAACCUCAUGUUUCUUGACCCUGAGCUUCACACCUACUUCACAACCAUCGCUCAAAAGUACGGUCCAAUCUUCAAACUCAAUCUCGGCUCAAAGUUAACCGUCGUGGUCAGCUCUCCAUCGCUAGCUCAAGAGAUCUUGAAAGACCAAGACAUCAAUUUCUCAAACCGAGACGUCCCUCUCACGGGCCGAGCCGCUACUUAUGGUGGUAUCGACAUCGUUUGGUUACCAUACGGUGCUGAAUGGAGAAGGCUUAGAAAAGUUUGCGUUCUCAAGCUUCUUAGCCGCAAAACUUUGGAUUCUUUCUAUGAGCUACGACGCAAAGAAAUCAGGGAAAGAACGAGAUAUUUGUAUCAGCAAGGUCAGCAAGAAUUACUGGUGAACGUUGGAGAUCAAAUGUUCUUGACGAUGAUGAAUCUUACGAUGAAUAUGUUAUGGGGAGGUUCGGUGAAAGCAGAGGAGAUGGAGAGUGUUGGAAUAGAGUUUAAAGGAGUGAUUUCUGAGUUAACUAGGCUUUUGAGUGAGCCUAAUGUAUCGGAUUUUUUUCCGUGGCUAUCUAGAUUUGAUAUUCAAGGGCUUGUGAAGAGGAUGAGUGUCUGUGUUAGAGAGCUUGAUGCGGUAUUAGAUCGAGCUAUCAAACAUACGCAAAUGCUAAAUAGAAGAGAUGAAGAUGAUGGUGAAUGCAAAGACUUUUUGCAUUAUUUGAUGAAGUUAAAAAACGAAGAAGGUGACUCGGAGGUUCCCAUUACGGCUAACCAUGUCAAAGCCGUACUUACGGAUAUGGUGGUUGGUGGUACGGAUACAUCGACAAACACGAUAGAGUUUGCUAUGGCCGAGCUUAUAAGCAAACCGGAGUUGGUAAAGAGAGCGCAGCAAGAGCUAGACGAAGUUGUAGGCGAAGACAAUAUUGUUGAAGAAUCACACAUCACUAGACUUCCUUACAUACUAGCCAUUAUGAAAGAAACACUUAGACUCCACCCAACCCUCCCUUUGUUAGUCCCACACCGUCCGGCUGAAACCGCGGUGGUAGGUGGCUACACCAUUCCUAAAGACACUAAGAUCUUUGUCAAUGUUUGGUCUAUUCAGAGAGACCCAAACGUCUGGGAUAAUCCGUUUGAGUUUUGUCCUGAAAGAUUUCUUGUUAAUAAGUCUUGUGAUUUCACCGGGACUGAUUAUAGCUAUUUUCCCUUUGGAUCUGGCCGGAGAAUGUGCGCUGGUGUAGCACUUGCCGAGAGGAUGGUUCUGUACACUCUCGCGACGUUAUUGCAUUCGUUCAAUUGGAAGAUUCCGGAAGGACACGUCUUGGACUUGGAAGAGAAGUUUGGGAUUGUCUUGAAGCUCAAGACUCCUCUUGUUGCCUUGCCCGUUCCAAGGUUGUCUAAUUCGAAUUUGUAUCUAUAGAGGCUAAGGAUGUCAUGUUUGGCAAUUCCUAUAA